CUUUGCUGCUUUUAGAAUGCCAUACCAAAGAAGAAGAAGUGGGAGCCGAUACAGUCAGUGGAAAUGACAGAAGUGUCACGAAGUCAGGUUGUUGACGCUGUUAACCGUUGCUCGGGAAUAACAAUUAUGUAGAAAUUGAUGGGUUUCUACAAGACGGAGAGGACUAAUUACUUGACAGCCACAUAGGCGUUAGAGGACGUCAGCGGAGACCAUGUCAGCAUUCAAGACUGCCCAGCAGCAGAGCCAGAAGAGUGGCAGAAGGAAAACCUCUGAAGUAGUGUCUGCAGAGGUGUCGCCAGAUUCCAAGUGUCCCAUCUGUUUGGACAUAUUUAACAAUGUCUCUUACCUGGACCUCUGCUGGCACAAGUUCUGCUUCCGCUGUAUCCAUGAGUGGGCCAAAAACAAAGCAGAAUGUCCUCUGUGCAAACAGCCAUUUAAUUCAAUCUAUCACAGUAUAAAAUCAGAGCAAGACUUUCAGAAGUAUGACUUGCGAGCAUCGGAUAAUGGCUCCUUUGGAACUUUUGGGGGAGUGCGGUUUAGAUACCGCACUACUCUUACUGGAGUACAUCGACAGAUGCGGGCAAGGACCUCUUCUCCUCCAGACAAUGGAAUAAUGUUUGAAGCUUCAACAAACCCUCCCCAGCAGUGGCAGGACCGUUACAUCCGGCGCAUGAUGCAGCGGUUGGCAGCCAAGAGGAGAGCUGCGAGUGAGGGCAGGGCAGUGAAUAGUGUUAGACAGCAGGAAAUGAUAAAUUUCAGGAGGGAACUGUACCGACGAGGGGUGAGGGUUCGGACUGUUCGAGAUGGUGGCCGCUCACGAGACACCUCAGCUGAGUUUUACAGAAGAAAUCCUGCCUGCCUACAUAGACUGGUCCCCUGGCUAAAAAGAGAGCUCACUGUGCUAUAUGGGGUCCAUGGGUCUUUGGUCAACAUAGUUCAACACAUCAUCAUGUCAUGCAUUACACGCUAUGAUAUGGAGGAUGGUGCUAUUCAGGAAGAGCUCAGGCCGUUUCUCCGGGCACGCACAGAGCACUUCUUGCAUGAGUUCAUCAGCUUUGCAAAGUCCCCUUUCAACAUGGAGGCCUAUGACCAGCAUGCUGUUUAUGACUGCCCAGCCCCUUCCUCAAAUGAAGACAGCAGCUCAAACUCAUCUGUUAUAGCUAUUUCAGAGGAUGAGGAAAACUCAUCGGAGUUAGACCCCCCAGGAGAUCCCACGUCUACUCUAACCCACUCUGUGUGGGAUGAUGAGACGCCUGGACCGUCAUAUUCUAUGACAGCAGAGCAGAGCAGGGCAGAGCAUCUCUCUGUCCCUGACUCAGACUCAGAUAACAGUUUAGAGCAGGAGACAGUAGAAUUUGGGGCUUCUUUACAGCAAAUGAGUCCUCAUAACCAAACAGAUGUGACUCAGGGUGAUGUUAACAAUGAAGAGUGCUUGUCUUCUGAUAGCGGUGACUGUGUCAUUGUAGGCUUUGUUAAGCCAACAGCAGAGAGGACUCCUGAGCUGGUUCAGCUCUCCUCUGAUUCUGAUGAUUCUGCCAGUGAAGAUACUAAAGAAGUGCCUCUUUUACCUCAACACAUUCGCUUCUCCGGUCUCAGUCCUACAGCUUCACAGAGUAGUGGUCGAAGUGAUGAUGGACAUUCACAAAAUGCAGAAAGAGAUCAUUAUCAGUUGCAUUCAAAAGAAAGAUGUAACUCUUCACCAUCUAGCAGACAUAAGACAUCCAGUAAGUCCGACAGAAAAGUCAGACAAUUUGACAGUAAUGAGAAAUCUAGGGAGAGGCACUGGUCAAAGGACAGAGAUUAUAGGAGGACGAGAUCGAGAAGUGGAGAGCGCAGACACUUUAGGAGGAGCCCUGUGAUUUCCCACAGCAGUGUCAGCUCUCUGUCUAAAGAAAGAGGUUAUUCUUACUCCAGGGGCAGAGACUUGAACUCAAAAUGUGACAGCAAUUCUAAAAGGAGCGACAGUGAUCACAGCUCCCUGUCAUAUAGCCAUUACAGCAAAGAGAGGAGUGAUAGUGGAAUGCAUUAUACAGAGAGGCGGUCCUACUAUUACACUAGUCACACGUACUCUGAACGGCACUCAUACUCUCACACCAGGAGCCGCAGCAGGGACUCGCUGAGACGCGACAGGAGGUGUUCUCGAUCGAGGACUUUUUCUAGUAGUCGCUCCCCUUCAGCAAAAAGAGGAAUUCGCCAUGACAAACCUGGUGGAAAGCGCAAGUACAAAACAAGGCAUUUGGAGGAACCAUCCAAAACCACACUUGCCAAAUCAUAUACAAACGACAACUCUUCUAUGUUAUCAAAACACAAGAAAAAGAACAAAGAGAAGCAUUACAAAAAAUCCAAAGAGCGAAGAAAGAGCAGCACGAGCUAUAGUGUGGAUGAAGGGAACUCACAUGAACGAAACAAACGCCACAAUAAGAAAAAGAAGAAACACAAGAAGAAAAGCAAAAGGCACAAGAGUAAUGAACGCUCAGAGAAGCAUUCACCCACUGUCAUCACUAUUGACAGUGACACCGAUUCUUAUGCCAAUGACAGUGUUGCCCAGACCAACAGCACUUAUAAGGAUAACCCCACUGACAAUACAACAGAAGACCCAGUAGACCCCCUCACUCUGGACUCUGUGGUGUAGUUAUAUGGAGGUUCAGCUCAUGGUGGCAGCAAUUCAUCCUCAGCUGUUAAUGCUGACAAAUAGUAUUUUAGAUCAAAACUGAUCCAUGUGUUGAAGGUCACCAGAUCUUGAAAGAUAUAGUGAAUGUAUAUCUCUUUGUAUGCCACCAGUGUUUUCUGUAUCUGUCUAGAACUGGAGAGGGGUCAUCACUGGAUAAAUGGCAGUUUCAGAUCAUCCCUGUUUAUGCUUUGACUGUGUUAAUUAAUGCCUAAAGCUAUGCUUUUUUUGUCAGUUCUUAAUCUGGAAAUUAAUUUUCUGUAAUGGAUGUAUUAGGUGCUCUCUAAUUGACAAAACAAUUUCUACAUGCUGCUCUUGGAGUAAUGCUUAUUAUUUGCAAAUAAUGUUUGGAAUUCAGAAUGGGCUCUUUUUGUAUCAGAUUUUUAUUCAAAAAUAAAGUGCAAUGGGCAAAUGUGUGUACUGUUGUCAUAUAGAAAGUCAAACAUAUUGUCAGUCUUAGUUUGUUACAUAACAGUGUGAACAGAUGUAUGCUGAUUGAUAUUUAUGUGAUAUUUGGAGAAUUGCCAUUAUAACUGAGUGGCAGUGUUUCUUUUGUUCAUGCAGAUCAUGUGGUAAACUGACAUUUUGAUGCUAAAAACAAAAUAAACAAUGUUAUAUUGAUGUUGAGCAGUUUGCCAAUUAAGAGCAAAUUAAUCGACUGUUGGGAUGAUCAAAUGAUCAUUU